CUCAUCCUCAUUCCCAUCUCUUCCUCCUCCUCCUCUUCCUCCUUCCCUGCACUCAGCCACUCUGGUCUCCAUCAGUCUUCAUGGUUCUGGUCUCAGCCCACGCCAUGCAAGCCAGCCGGGCGUCCACCACAGUCAGUGUGUUUGCGGACUGCAGCAUCCCGGCCGGGCUCCGGGUAGGACCGGUACCGGGCGUCUUCAGACUCGGGAAGUACGUGUCGGACCGUAAAGAAGUUGGACCCAAGAAGAAGAUUCGCUUGGUUCGGGGUGAGUUCGUGGAUGAGUCGGGCUGUCCCGUGUCAGACUGGAUCGGAUUGAUCCGCUCCGCCAGAAACAGCCAAGAGCAAAACCUGGAGGCAGUGUCGGAUUUACCUGGCGGACAGAUUUUUUACCGCGUGCUGAGAGAAAUCCCUGCAGGAGAGGAGCUCAGUGUCUGGUACUCCACCUCUCUGGCCCAGUGGUACGACAUCCCAACCACGGCCACUCCCACGCACGACGAGAAAGGUGAGGAGCGUUACAUCUGCUGGUACUGCUGGAGGAUAUUCAAAUACCCCAACACACUGAAGGCCCACGUCCACUUCCACUGCGCCCUGAGCAACGGACGGGGCUUUGUGAACAGCGAGCAGGUCAGAGGCACGGAGACCUUCAGCAGGUCACCGAAGUCCGGAGACAUCCCCAACACGUCCACCUCUCCGAGGAGCGGGCACAGUAACUCAUCAGACUCCGGGAGACGGGUAGUGUCCUCCUCUCCGUUUCUACACAAAGCGGGACAGUCAAAGAGGAGCAGCUCAGAGGAGCAGGACAGGGCCCUGGACAUGAGCGUCACCUCAGCUAGGAACCAGGGACACAUCCUGGGCCUCGGAGCCACGUCCUCGGUCUCGGUGCUGAGCAGCAUGGGCUUCCACCCGGGUGUCCGCUCCGCCUUCAAACCCACCGGCGGCUCCAAAGGCCCGGGCUCGGAGGCCUCCAGAGAGGACGGGACCGGGAAGCUCACUGGCUUGGGGUUCAGCAAACUCAUCGGGAACCUGAAACCGAUCCGCAAUGUGGGGGGCGAGACUCUAAACGGGACCGGAAACCACCCUCCCAAGUGCGCACCUGCGAUUAUGGACUCCUCAUCAUCUCAGAUGGUGCCGUGCGCAAACGCUCUCCGAGGUUUCCCGCUGCUGCCUCACAUGGAGGAGACGUCGGCUUUUAAGCACGUGGAGAGCCGGAUGCACUCCGGUCUGUCUCCGUCCCGGUACCCCAACAUGCCCCCCGGUCUCCACUUUGAGAGGUUCUCUCUGCCUCACUUCGACGGAGUCAAGACGUACGGUGCAGACUGUAACAUCCCACUAAUGCCUCUCACGGUGUAUAACGGAGAGCUUCUGUACAGCUCACCUUACUAUCCGCUCAAGUUCCACUUCAGCAACCUCCUCAAGUACCCGGAGUCCAUGUCCUACUUCGGUGCGCCCUCGCUGAACCACGACCUGGGAUCCAUCACCAACAUCGACCGGGAGAUCGCCAUGCACACCCAGCAGCUGUCUGAGAUCGCCGCGGAGAAGAACCGGACGAGGCUGGACUCUCUGCCCGCCGGGAGCGCCAGCAACGCCGGCUCUGGCAAGCCGAAGAAGGGCCACCUGUGUCUGUACUGCGGCAAGCUGUACUCGAGGAAAUACGGCCUGAAGAUCCACAUGAGGACUCACACGGGCUACAAGCCGCUCAAGUGCAAAGUGUGCUUCAGGCCGUUCGGAGACCCGAGCAACCUGAACAAACACAUCCGGCUCCACGCGGAGGGCAACACGCCGUACAGGUGCGACUUCUGCGGCAAGGUGCUGGUGCGGAGGAGGGACCUGGAGAGACACGUCAAAUCCAGACACCCAGGUCAGACCGUCAAGAAGCUGGAGGAGAAACCCAGCGGCCUGUUCGAGGACGCGGAGCAGAAGAGCGACAAUGACAGUGACGUGGACGUUUGCUUCACCGACGACCAGAGCGACCAAGAGUCGAGCAAAAAUAAUGACUGACAUGUUUUCAUGCACAAAGAAAGAGAGACUGCUCAUUGACUUUAAAUUAUGUACACAAGAAAAUCUGAAUUUUUACAUUUUAGACAUUGACCCAAGGGCCUCUGGCACCACAUUUUCUAAACUUAAUGAUGAUUCUCAGUUGAAAUAUUACUUUUUAACCUAGAGGGGACUUUUUGUUUGGUGUUUCAUAAUGACUUAUUCAAGAAAAAAAAAAAUCAUAAUUAUCCAUAUAUUCAGUUGCUAGUAAUCGGCAGGUAAAAUGUUCUUUGUCUUGCUCAUGGACACUGCAACAAUGUUCCUCUGCUCUGCCAAAUAACCUGCAGGCCUCUGGGUUCUGGCACAAAACAAAGUCUGCCAGUGGUGUUGCAGACAUUCUUUCGUUUGAUUUCAAAUAACCAUAAUUGUUUUCAUAUUUUUUUAUUUUAUGCAAAAGGAGAAAUCUGUCUUUAUCUGCUGCGUAAAAUACUGACGAUUCUACAAAACCAUUAAAGCAACUGCACACAAAACAAGAUCCAACAUCACUUACAGACAUUUUUAGUCCUUUUAAGAAAAGAAGUCAAGGUAUAUAUAUAUAUUUUUUUGCAGUGUAAGAAAAGUUGUCUUUUGUAAUAUGUCUCCCCCUGAGGAAGGAUUUAUGGGUUUAUUUAACUAAAUCCAAAAAAGAAGAGCACUACAUUCCAUCACACUGGACAUUAUGACGCAUUAUGAGCUGCAAAAGAAUAUCAUUAUUUUUUAUUUUGUUUUUAUUGUGAAAAAAUAGCAACAUCCCCACAUUCCCUUCUUAAACUGUCAGUUGCACUUUAAAAACAGCAAUGAACAGAUGCGUAAUGAUUAUUAUAAUCGAACUUACUUCCAUGACUUCAUUAAAGAUCCCCUGCGCCUCACUGAGGAACACUUAAAUUUGCACUUUCUAGCCUUCUUGAGGCGUCUUAAAGAGGCAGCCAGCAGCAGCGCCCAGUUUAUUUAAGGAAUUAUUUCUAGAGAAAGAAAACAGUUAUAGCCUAUGUAAAGAAGUGUAAAGUAUGAUAUUUCACAUUUCAGUGGCGAAGUGUUGUAUACGUUUGUUUAUAAGUGAUAUUGUCUAUGAGCACAAUAUUUUACUCCCGUCCAGUAAGUCGUUGGUUUUUGAAUAAAUUUAAUUUAAAAUAUCAAAAAAAGUUGUUUUUCUUUUUUUUUCUACCUGUGAGAUGUUCAAAAUGGAUAUUCCAUGUAUUAAACUCUAUGAU